CACAAGAAAAAUAAAAUAAAAUAAUAAAGCUGAGACUUAUAAGCCAAUCCGGGCUCUUCCCCAAAUUGUUUUCAUCCCAAAUUUGAUGAGAAUACCUAUGGCUUCACCGAUCGCAGGCGAGAUCAAUUCUACCACCGGCGAAGCGAUCACAGACAAGGAAGACCUUCCAGAGGAAAUUCUCCUUCGAUUACCCACAAAAUCUCUUCUCCAAUUCCGCUGCGUUUCGAAACAUUGGUGUUUUGUAAUCUCCACUCCCAAAUUUCGCCGCCACUUCCGCCGCUGUUGUUCCGUACAUUCUCCUUCAAACAACUCAUGGACCACCUCGUAUACUUACCCAAUUCCAAUAAUUCCAACAAAUACUCUAGAACCAUCCCUUCUUCCAUUCGUAGGGUUAACUAUCCUUUUGGGUUUUCAGCACGUUCAUUCUUGUAAUGGGUUGUGUUUAGGGUUUUUAUCGGAUCCUUCUAUUACCUGUGGACAUAACCUUUAUGUGUAUAACCCAUGUACACGUUAUUGUACUUCUCUUUCUCUGCCUCGUGAAGUUAGUCACUCUGCUAUCAAAGCUAUAAAUUUAGCAUUUGAUCCUUUAAGGUCGGAUUUUAUAGCAUUGUUUGCCUGUAUAAGUGUUUUUUAGAAAAUCGUAACGACCCUGUUGGGGAUUGUGUGUAUAAAAUCUUGAUUUAUGCAUCAGAAAGUGGUACAUGGAAGUAUACAAGAAAAGGUUCAAGGAUAAUUUUGAUUACUUCUUGAAAAGAGGUGUAUUUUCGCAGGGUUGUCUUCAUUGGGUUUGCAAGAACAACUCUUUUCUAGCGUUCGAUGUUGAGAAUGAGAGGUUUAGGGACAUGCCUAGUACUAGGGUUCCUGAAAGUGGGAGAAAGAUUCGUUAUUUUGGCGAUUUGGGCGGUCGUCUCCAUGUUAUUCGGGAAUAUGGUGGAACUCCAUUGGUGGAUGUAAUGGAGUUGAAGAUAGAUUAUUCCGAGUGGUCGUUGAAGUAUCGCGUUGAUAUUGUCGGUCUUGGUAGGAGAAUUGGAGGAAAUGCUGGUCGUAUUGAGAUUGAUAUUCUUUGUUUGGUUGAAGCAACUGGAGAAGGGAAGAUUAUGCUUAUAGUGUCAGGUCAAGGCAGAAUUUUCGCCUACGAUAUCAUUGGCAGGACCUUUGAGGAGAAGAUGAAAGUCGCGGAAAUGCGAAUGCUGCGAUGGAUGUGUGGGCACACUAGGAGGGAUAAAAUUAGGAAUGAAGAUAUCCGAGACAAGGUGGGAGUGGCAUCGGUGGACGACAAGAUGCGGGAAGCGAGGCUGAGAUGGUUUGGGCAUGUGAAGAGGAGAGACACAAAUGCUCUAGUGCGGAGGUAUGAGAGGUUGGCUAUGGACGGUUUCAGGAGAGGUAAAGGGAGGCCGAAGAAGCAUUGGGGAGAGGUGAUUAGACAGGAUAUGACACAGUUUCAGCUCACCGAGGACAUGACCUUAGAUAGGAGGUUGUGGAGGACUCAGAGUAGGAUAGAAAGCUAAGUGGCUUAUCCUUUCACCAUAGUAGUUGUAGUUUUGCUCAUUUGUUUAUUGCCAUUUGAUUUCUGUAUUUGAUUGCUGCUUAUAUUUGUUGGGCCGUUGUACGUUGAUUAUCUUAUUUAUCUAUAGUAGUUAAUGCUCCUUUCUUUCCGGACUGUUCUAUCAUGACUUUCUCGCUUUUGUUAUUGCUUGUUUUCAUAUUGUUUUCGAUAUGCUUGGCCCUAUCUGACCUUUUGUCUUGUUUUCCUCUCUUGAGCUGAGGGUCUUUCGGAAACAACCGCCCUACCUUUCAAGGUGGGGGUUAGGUCUGCGUACACUCUACCCUUCCCAGACCCCACAUGGUGGGAUUAUACUGGGCUUGUUGUUGUUGUUGUUGUAGUGUUAGAGCCAAAAUCUUCUUUAAGGAGAUUCAAAAUAGAAAUAAGUAAACAUAGGAAAAAAAUAAGGGGAUUAACCAUCUACUCUCUAUAUAUAUAUAUAUAUAUAUAUUAAAAAGAUAAUUUGACCUUGUAGCAGUGUUAUCAAAGGCGCGCUUUAAGAGCGCUUAAGUCCUGAAGCGAGACUCAAAACAUGUUCAGCGCUUCACCUCGUUUUAUGUGCGCUUCAGUGUCGUCAUCAAGACUCUAAGACAUACUUUUCCUUGCUAAUGAGCCUUUUCCUUGCCAAUGAGCCUCUCUUGAGGAGGUGACAAUAGAUGAUUGAUAUUUCACUUUAUCGUAAUAUUUUUACAAUUUCUUUUGUCCAUAUAUUUGUUAUUCAUGCUUAUUAUUAUUAAUCUUGGACUAAACAUAUAUAUAUUUGUAUUUUUCCACCAUUGCGCUUUUUUUAAUUAAAGGCCACGCUUUAUUUGCGCUUUGCACUUAAAGCCCCAGCUGAACUUAGAGCUUUUUUGCACUUUUCGCUUUUGAUAACACUGCCUUGUAGAUACAACGUGAUUUUUUGAAGAACGCAUGUGGUACUCUAGUUCCAUCUAUGCCUAUAGUAUUAUUAUUGUUUCGAGAAGUGGUUCGAUGUGUCUUUUACACUGAUUAAAGAAUGUUGUUUGAAGAUUUCAGGAUAUGUAGCUUUUUUAAUCUCAUCACAACUUGAACAACCAUUCUAAAUAUUUUGAAAAUGGAACUUGUAGUAACCUUUUAGCAAUUUUUUUUUUUAUAAAUGUACAACUUCUACACAUGCUACUUUCAUUCGACAACAUAUGCUUAAUAUAUACGCAGCUAUAAAAAGGAGCUUACAUGUUAAAGUCAAAACAAAAUUUUUAGACGUGAAGUAUUUGCAAUCAUAGCCAAUAUUGCAUUCAUUUGUAACUGUGUUUUUGAAAUACAAAAAUAUGAGAAAAUUAUCAAGCUGAGUAUUUGAUAUAUUAGUAGAACUGCAAAAUUGAAGUUGUUUGAAUAUUAUUUUAUUGCAUUGAAUUUUAUUAUCAAAAUAAUGAUAGCAAUAUAUAAAACAACUCAUAAUAUUUAAUGAAAAAUAAAUUUUAACCAAGUGAGAAAUGGUGAUACCAAUUUAGUUGACUAUGCACAAUACCAAGCUAAAAUGGUGAUCGAAGUAGAUAUUUAAAAGUACCACUAAAGAAAUGUUUCUUCCUUACCAAAAUUCGACUUUCAAGAACCUGAAUAUGAAGGAUAUUCUUUCACGUUCAUCUGAAAGUACUUCUUCCGUCUCAAAUUAUCUGUUGUGACUCUUUUCCACGCCCCUUAAGAACAUUAAUUAGGAGGGGUCUUUUACACGCCCCUUAACAACAACAUACCAAUAUAAUCUCACAAGUGGGGUAGGGUAGAGUGUACAUUGACCUUACCCCUACCUUGGGAGGUAGAGAGGUAGUUUCGGAUAGACCCUCGACUCAGGAUAAACCAAAAAUAUAGUAGUUUAAAAAGGAAAAAGGAACAGUAACUACAACAAAAUAGUAGGUUAAGCGAAUAACAAGAGACAUUAGAUAAUAACAGAAAACAAAGGAUAAGAAACUACAUGAGAAAUACUACGACUACUGUUAAGGAAGGAAAAGCGAGACAACGCUCUACUAUCGACUAACCUUCUACCCUAAUCCUUGUCCUCCAGAACCUCUUAUCUAAGGUCAUGUCCUCGGUAAACUGUAAUUGCGCCAUGUCCUACCUAAUCACCUUUCCCCAAUAGUUUUUUUGUCAAUCUCUAUCUCUCCCCUUAAGAAACAUUAAUUAGGAGGGGCGUUUGACUAUUUUACCCUUAUUUAUGUCUUAAGAUAUAAUAUUUUCAAUAGUACCAGUUUUUUAAAAAAAAGAUAUAAUAUUUCUUCACUUAUUUACUUUAUUUAUGUGCCAUCUCCAUCAAUUGAGGAAUUUGUAGUCUUCAAGACAAUAACUACUUAGGGUAAAAUGGGGAAAAAUAAUAAUAUUUUUUCUUGAACUUCUAAAAUGAAAAAUAAUUUGAGACAACUAUUUUUAGAAAUCAUGACAGACAAUUUGAGACAGAGGGAGUAAUCUUCAGUAUGUUUGUGGUUUCCAAUGAUAAUAAAUGUUGACCUAAUAGACUCAUUAUUCAUCAUUUUGAGCUUGCGUUUUUCUCAUUAAAUUUUGUGUAACUCGUCAAAUGAUUAUUUUAAUAAUAUCUAUAUCAUCUUAAAUCGGUUUUACUCUUCAAAAUGAGAUACGUGUGCAACACGUGUCUAAACACUAGUUAUUGAAAAAGUGCAUGUUAUAAUCCAUAUUAAUUGAGGGCUAUUUGUGACAUUUUAAUAUACAUGCAAUGAUCCAAUUUAUUUUUCUCUGUUGAUUUAAGAUCAAGGGGGUUCCCUUUCAAAAGGGGAAGGGGGUAUUAUUUUUCAAACCCAAAAAUUAUUUGAGGGGGUUAAGUAAAAUUUACUCUCAACUAAUUAGCUAUAGUAAAUUUAUAUGAUUUGAUGCGAACACCCUAUUCAGGUAAAUAUUUACCCUGUAGACAAUGUAUAACAAAACAGCAUCUUUCAAAGAAGGGAAGAUAUAACACAUAAAUACCGAAGUUAAUUUCUAACCUAUGAAAAUAUAGAAUGUGAAUAUUUCCUUUAACUGUUUAAUCAUUACUUCAAUGUUUUCUUGUAAUAUACUGCUUAUAUAUAAGGCAAAGUUUAACUCUUACGCAAUCAAAGAUCGGCACAUUAAAUGAUUUUAUGAAACCAGACAGUGUUGGCUAGUUAAUUAACGGUUCUAUUAAUUUGUCCAACGCUUAACCCUAACGCCACAAUUUAUAUAAAUAACAUUAUGAGUGUUGGAAAACGCACACCAAAAAUUCCCCUUUAAGUUAGGGUUUAUUGUAUGCAUUAAAUUAAUGUGAUAUUAGGUUGUGGAAAUAGGUUAUUCAUCUGCUUCGUAGCGAUAGAGGAGGAGAAGAGGCGCUUCUGGGAGGAUUUGGAUGAAGUGGUAGGAGGUAUACCACCCACCGAGAAGUUAUUCAUAAGGGGAGAUUUCAAUGGACACAUCGGCUCAACCUCGGGGGGUUAUGAUGAUGAGCACGGAGGUUUCGGCCUCAGAGUCAGGAAUGGAGGAGGAGUCUCACUUCUGGAUUUCGCUAAAGCCUUUGGAUUGAUAGUAGCCAACUCGUAUUUCCCGAAGAGGGAGCAGCACUUGGUAACCUUUCGUAGUUCGACGGCUGCGACGCAGAUAGACUUUUUGCUCCUUAGAAAAGAGGAUAAAGGUCUUUGUAAAGACUGUAAGAUCAUUCCGGGUGAGAACCUUACGACCCAACAUAAACUUUUGGUGAUGGAUUUGGGGAUUACAAGGAAGAAGAGGAAGAGGGUCGCGGAUGACCUGCCAAGGAUCAGGUGGGGGAGUCUGACUUUGUCGAGUGCCCAGGAGAUGAGGAGAAGUUGAUGUCUAUGGGGGCUUGGGAGAGUAGGGGGGACGCGAGCAGUAUGUGGGAUAGGACGGCGAGCUGCAUUAGGGAAACAACUAGAGAUGUCCUGGGAGUCUCGAGAGGUCGCCGUGGUAGGCAACGUGGGGACUGGUGGUGGAAUGGAGAAGUCCAGGGAAAGGUGGAAGCAAAGAAAGUGGCGUACGCGAGGUUGGUAGACAACAAAGAUGAGGGGGAGAAGCGGACGAAUAGGGAAACGUAUAAGAUUGCGAGAAAGGAAGCAAAGUUGGCAGUUUCGGCGGCAAAAAACGGCAGCUUUCGAACGUCUAUAUGCAGAACUAGAGGACAAAGGCGGGGAUAAGAAGUUGUUCAGGCUAGCCAAGGUGAGGGAGAGAAAGGCACGGGACUUGGAUCGAGUAAAGUGCGUCAAGGACGAGGAUGGAAAAGUAUUGGUAGAGGAAACUCUUAUUAGACGGAGAUGGCAGUCAUACUUCCAUAAACUCUUGAACGAGGAAGGUGUGAGAGACAUUGUGAUGGGAGAUUUGGAGUACUCUGAGAGGCGCCGCGACUUUGGGUAUUGUAGGAGUAUAAAGGUGGAGGAGGUUAAGGGUGCUGUUCGCAGGAUACGCAGGGGAAGAGCUACCGGUCCUGACGAGAUCCCUGGGGAGUUUUGGAAGAGUGCUGGCAGGGCAGGUUUGGAGUGGUUGACUGGAUUGUUUAAUGUUAUUUUUAAGACGGCGAAGAUGCCUGAGGAAUGGAGGUGGAGUAUGAUGGUCCCUUUGUAUAAGAACAAAGGUGAUAUUCAAAGUUGCAACAACUAUAGAGGGAUCAAGCUGAUAAGCCACACUAUGAAGGUGUGGGAAAGGGUGGUGGAGAUGAGGGUGAGAAGAGGCGUGCCCAUUUUAGAGAACCGGUUCGGAUUCAUGCCGGGGCGCUCGACUACAGAAGCCAUCCAUCUUGUGAGGAGACUGGUGGAGCAGUAUAGGGAGAGGAAGAAGGACCUGCACAUGGUUUUCAUCGACCUAGAAAAGGCUUACGACAAAGUGCCAAGAUAGGUUUUAUGGAGAUGCUUGGAGGCCAAAGGUGUACCUGUAGCGUACACUAGGGCGAUCAAGGACAUGUAUGAGGGAGCCAAGACCAGGGUAAGGACAGUGGGAGGAGACUCGGAGUACUUCCCAGUGGAGAUGGGGUUGCACCAAGGAUCAGCUCUUAGCCCAUUUUUAUUUGCUCUAGUGAUGGAUUGUCUGAUGCGGCGAAUUCAAGGUGAGGUGCCAUGGUGUAUGUUAUUUGCGGAUGAUAUAGUCUUGAUCGACGAGACACGCAGCGGAGUGAACGCUAAGCUGGAGGUCUGGAGACAAACUCUGGAGUCUAAAGGGUUCAAGUUGAGUAGGACCAAGACAGAGUACAUGGAAUGCAAGUUCAGUGACGUGACACAUGAGUCUGGCGUGGAAGUGAGGCUUGGUACCCAGGUCAUCCCAAAGAAAAGAAGUUUCAAAUAUCUCGGGUCUAUUAUACAAGAAAAUGGGGAUAUUGAAGAUGAUGUCUCACAUCGUAUUGGCGCAGGGUGGAUGAAAUGGAGGCUUGCUUCAGGAGUGCUGUGUGAUAAGAAGGUGCCACUAAAACUUAAAGGCAGGUUCUACAAAGUGGUUGUGAGACCGACCUUGUUGUACGGGGCAGAGUGUUGGGCAGUUAAGAGCUCUCAUGUCCAAAAGAUGAAAGUUGCGGAAAUGAGAAUGCUGCGAUGGAUGUGUGGGCACACCAGCCGAGAUAGGAUUAGGAAUGAAGAUAUCCAGGAUAAGGUUGGAGUAGCAUCAGUGGAGGGCAAGAUGAGGGAAGCGAGACUGAGAUGGUUUGGGCAUGUGAGGAGGAGAGGCAGAGACGCUCCAGUGCGGAGGUGUGAGAGGUUAGCUAUGGAUGGUUUCAGAAGAGGUCGGGGUAGGCCGAAAAAGUAUUGGGGAGAGGUGCUGAGACAGGACAUGGCGCAGGUUCAGCUUACCCAGGACAUGACCCUAGAUAGGAGGUUUUGGAGGACUCAGAUUAGGGUAGAAGGCUAGUAGGUAGUCGUUGUUUCGAUCUAUAGUCUAUUGCCCUUUGUUUCUUGCUACUAUAUGUGGUUUCUUGUACUUCGAUUAUCUUAUUUAUCUGUGGUAGCUAUUGUUCCUUUUUUUUCAGACUGCUUUAUUCUGACUUAUUCGCUUUCUUUAGUUUCAUUUGCAUUCUGCUUUGAACUGCUUGUGCUUAUCUAACCUUUCUCGUUGUGAUUUCUCUUGAGCCGAGGGUCUUUCGGAAACGGCCUCCCUGUCUUUCGAGAUAGGGGUAUGGUCUGCGUACACUUUACCCUCCCCAGACCUCACAUUGUGGGAUUUCACUGGGUAUGUUGUUGAGAUUAGCCUACAAACAGUCUCAUUGAUGCCUGUGUUUGUAGUGUGUAUCAUUAUUUUGGUUGUUUCACUCAAACUAUAUACUUCUAGUUUCCUAAAUUUUGCUUCCUGUACCUG